GUGGAGGGGGACGAUUCACACGUCGAAAGCGACUUCGCCGAAUCGGAGGAAAUCCCAAUGAAGCACAAGUCCUCCAGAAGGCAGACUGGAGCCCUUCGAAUCGAUGACGUCGGCGAGAGCCGUAGCGCAGGUGGUCGCGGGGCAAAUGAACACGACGUCAAUGUCGCCACUCGUCCGGCGAUGGGCCAAGGCGGGGGGAGUGCCGCCACGCAGCAGAACCGUGCGCCUUUGCCACGUGUCAACGAACCCCCGACCGCGCAAGAGGUGUUUGUACGCGGGGGAACGUCAUCAACCCCGCGACAAACGACGGCCACAGAAGUCGGCGUCGCCGCACAAGGCAUUGGUCAGGGGAUCGCCAGCCGAUCUCCUGCGCAUGACGAGCGCGGGUCGUCGACGGUGGUUGCGGCGCGCGCUGCAGAAGUGGCAAAGGCAGGCGCCGCAACGGCGGGUGGUGCAUCCCAGGCUGCUGAAGGGGGGAGGUCAGUCGGGGCCGCAACUGUGGAGGCUUCGCAUGCGGUGGAAGGAGCCAGGGCAGGUGGGGGGAAUGCUGGCGAAGGCGAAGGGAGCAGGGCAGGCGCCGUCGCUGGAGUCGGGGAGGACGAUGAAGCGCUGGCGAACAGGGUGCGCCAGCAGAGCGCGCGUGAAGGGAUCGACGCGGCGUCCAAACUGUGGGUGGACGACAUUCGUUUCUGGAAAGAGACGGAGGGAAACGUCAUUGUCAAGCUGAUGCAGGAAGCGCGACUGUAUCUUGUGGCGGUGGCGUGGGGUGUGCAGCCUCCUGCGAUUCGACGCAGCAUCGUCCUGCCACACACCACCAUCCCGCAUCACAAAGAUAUAUGAAACUGGCCGCGGGACGCCCCGAGGACUCGUCCUCGGGGAACAUUUCUGAGGAUGAGUGGAACGAAGGAGGGAUUUUCCUCCGGCGACUCCAAGGAAUCG